AUGGCUGGUGAUUUUGUAAAAAAAAGCGGGCUCAGAGACAAGGCCUCGAAAAACUCCGCUCUUGCCAGCAAAAUCGAGCAGUUCCGCAGAGACCAGGAGCCUUCGCAAGAAGCCCACGAUGAGAACCCGUACUUGAAAUUGCUGAAAGUCAGCAAAAAGGAGAAGCAGCAGGCGAAAACAAACAGUUUCAAUGAGCGGUUGGCGUCCAAGGUCACGUUCAACCUUUCUGGCGGGGUGUCUAAAUCGGCACUCAGAAGAAGAAAGCGUAAAGAGAAGGAGCAGUUGAAGCCUAAGAUGGACGAUUUGCUAUCCAGUCUACCCGAGGCUACGGUGAAUAUAGUUGACUCAUCGGUGGCGAAGAAAAAGGCCUUUGUGAAAGGUGUUUCUGUGAAGCCCUCCAACUUGCCCAACCCACAGAAGCACUCGGGCCACACCAAGCUACUAGAGGUGGAAAACCAGCGGUUUUCCCAGGUGCUUCAGGACAAGCAGUUCCAGCAGUCGCCGUUUGCCGCCUUGAGACAAGCCAUUUCGCAAAGCAAGCAGUGA